AUGCAGGAGGCCAAAUGGGGCUACAGACGUACGAUGGGCGCAAUGUUCGCCUACAGCAAGCAAGCAGAUCGCAUGCUGAUGUCGUACAAUUACCAGGUGCAGCAGUGCGCGCGCGCAGGCCACGCGAGGACGGUGCAGAGGAUGAGCCUUAUUCAGUGCAUCAGAUAUAUAGUGAAGAAUGAGGGUGCGCGGGCGCUGUUCAAAGGCUUAGGACCGAAUAUCGUUGGCGUGGCUCCAUCACGAGCGAUUUACUUCUGCACGUACUCCCAGGCUAAAGCGAUCCUCAAUCAGCACAUACCACCGGACACGCCUAUUGUGCACUUGUCAGCGGCAAGCGCAGCUGGAUUUGUCUCAUGUACUAUGACGAACCCGAUAUGGUUCGUGAAAACUCGGCUGCAACUCGACGGACAAAAUAUCACAGCGCUGGAGUGUAUUAAGAGGAUAUACGCAAAGCAUGGUAUCAAAGGUUUCUACAAAGGCAUAACUGCGUCAUACAUGGGCAUAAGUGAGACGGUCGUUCACUUUGUUCUCUACGAAGGUGUCAAAGCCCGAUUGAUGGCUGCCCGGAGCAAAGAUGGCGUUGUCAGCGACACUCGUUCGCCGAGAGAUUUCCUCGAGUUCAUGGCUGCUGGAGCCUUUUCCAAGACGAUCGCUUCUUGCAUCGCUUAUCCACACGAAGUGGCAAGAACGCGACUUCGCGAGGAAGGUGACAAGUACAGGAAAUUCUGGCAAACAUUGCACACUGUUUGGAUGGAAGAGGGAUAUCGUGGUGUUUAUAGGGGCCUUGGCACACAGCUGGUCCGUCAGAUACCGAACACAGCGAUAAUGAUGUCCACAUAUGAAGCAGUGGUAUAUCUUCUUACGACACACUUUAAUAGUUCCUUCUACGAAAAUACCUAG